UCAGUCAUCCUCGGCAGAAGCCACACAACAGCAGACACGUCCAGCGACAGCAGCAACGCCACCGAUCUCCAUUAGCAGCAUUAUCAACAGUACUAUUUACCGGCAAACAUGCACGCUUCUCUGGUGGUGGUAGUUGGGCUCGUAGUUGCGUGCUCGGCCAGCCCUUCGCUUUACUACGGCAGUCCACAGUUCUACGGCGGUUACUACCAGGCCCCGGCAUCCGUCAUUAGCCCGAUCAAGACCCAGUAUCACACACAAAACGAGCUGGGCCAAUACUCGUACGGUUACAAUGACGGUUACUCGAGCAAGACGGAGACCAAACACGCCAACGGACUGACCGAGGGCUCUUACUCGUACGUGGACCCCAACGGCGUGUUGCAACAGUACAAAUACGAAUCGGACGAAAACGGUUACCGCGUGUCCGGCACCAACUUGCCGUCGACGGGCAACGUGGCCGCCGCCGUCGUGUCCAACGAAGUGCAGGCCCCGCAACCGGCGCGGGACACGCCGGAAGUGGCCGCCGCCAAGGCCGCUCAUCGCGCGGCCUACGAAGAGGCCAAGAAAGCGGCCGAGGCGUCGCCCGAGGAACCGUCGGCCGCCGCGAUCGAAGCUACCAACUCGGUGCAGGCCGCCUACGGUUAUCCCGCGGUGUACGCGUCGCCGUACGCGUUGGCCGCCGCGCCGUACGCCGCUUACGGUUACGCGCCGGCGGCCGCGCCGUAUGCGGCCACCGCGUACGCCGCCGCGCCGUACGUGCAACAGUACUCGGGCGUGUACUCGCCGGUGCACAGCCAGUACCACGCGCAAGACGAAUACGGACAGUACUCGUACGGGUACUCGGGCGGCUCGUCGUCCAAGGCCGAGACCAAGACCCUGGACGGCGUCACCCGCGGCGGUUACUCGUACGUGGACGCCAACGGCAUCCUCCAACAGUACCAGUACGUGUCGGACCCGGUCAACGGAUUCCGCAUAUCCGGCACCAACCUUCCGUCCAACUCGUUAUAAGACGCCAACCGCCACCUCGUAAUCUAUCACACGCCAAAACUCGCGACGAUCAACAUAGUCCAUCACCAUCCACGAUUGUAACAUAUAUUGAUAACAAAAUGAUAAUGGUAUUGUAAGUGUAGCUCGUCGAACCGUGAGGUCUAUUUUAUACAGGGUGUGACGCGACCGAGGAACGUCGGAUCUGUUCGAGAAAUAAAUAUUUAAAAAAAAAAAAAAAAUUAUUAAAAAAACGAACCGAACCGGUGGACUUUGC